CAGUCUGGAUACAAUCUGAGCGUUUCAUAGCCCAGAGGAAGGUCUGCACUGUGUGGUAGUGUGGGAGUGCAGGAGAGAGAGCUGAACAAAGUUAGAGACAGAGAGAGACAGAAAGCCAAAGCGAUGGAGCCUGUGUUUUCAGCUUUGCCCUUCUCAGCCAUAGUGUCCUUGUUCCUGUUGCUAUCUCCCUUGUGCCUCUGCCAAGAGCUGCAAGAGAAGGAUGCUCUGUGCAGCCCUGAAGGAUGCUAUGCGCUUUACUCCCAGCGCAAAACCUUCCUGGAUUCCUGGAGGAGUUGCAGAGAUCGGGGAGGCAAUCUGGUCACAGUUAAACGUCCGGAAGAAGCUGCUUUGAUUGAAGAACUGUUCAACAUGCAGCCCCACAGAGGGACGAAGCUGAGAAUCUGGAUUGGGCUUCAGCGCCAGCCUAGGCAGUGUUCUGCAACCAGACCCCUGCGUGGUUUCACCUGGAUCACAGGGGACCAGGACACCCAGUAUACAAACUGGUUGCAGGAGGAUUCAGUCAGUACCUGUGCUGCGUCGAGGUGUGUGGUGAUGACCUACAGCACUGCCCCGCAUGAACAAAGCCAGAACUUCAAAUGGCUUGACGGUUCCUGCACCUUGCCUGUGGAUGGAUACAUGUGCAGGUAUAACUACAAAGGCAUGUGCUCCAGCAUCGAGGCAGAGGGAGGGGGGCCAGUUUUGUACACCACCCCCUUCCAUUUGGCCAGCACCCUUCUGGAUCAUAUCCCCUUUGGGUCGGUGGCAACUGUGCCCUGUCCAGAUGGCACAAAGGAGGACCAGUCGGUGCUCUGCAUGCAGAAAGAGGAUGGCAGCAUCAGCUGGUCAAAGGAUGGCCCCUUUUGCACUGAACCUGCUAAAAGUGAGUGUGAUAAGGACAAUGGGGGCUGCCAGCACUACUGUGUUGUCGACGGCACCUUUUACUACUGUGAGUGCUUGGAAGGCUACGUUCUGGAGGAUGAUGAUCAAACCUGCAGCCCUGCUGAUUUCUGCCGGGAGGAUCCGUGUGAGUUUGAGUGUGUGAGCACUAAGGAUGGCUACCUCUGUGCUUGCCCUGAAGGGUACAUUCUAGCCACCAAUGGCCGAGACUGUGUUGACGUGGACGAAUGCCUCCAGAGCCCGUGCGAGCAGCUCUGCAUCAACGCGCCGGGGACUUUUGAGUGCCGCUGCCAGGAAGGGUACCUGCUUGAGGGAGGCAGCCAGUGCCAGGAUAUUGAUGAGUGCCAGGAAAAUCCUUGUGAGCAUGCUUGUGAGAACACUCCAGGAUCGUACACCUGUCAUUGCCACCUUGGAUAUUCACCCUCUCCUGAAGACCACAGCCAGUGCCUGGACACAGAUGAAUGCCAAAUCCCAGGCACAUGUGAGCAAAUGUGUGUUAACUACAUUGGGGGUUUUGAGUGCCACUGCGAGGAGGGUUACCUGCUGAACCCUGACGGCUUUACUUGUGAUGCAGAGGAAGCUGACUGGCCAUCCACCUCUCCUGCCACUGAUUUACUGACCACUGCACCCAAUCUCCUCGAAUGGCUGACCGAUGAUCCCAGUUACCAGUGGAUAACUGAUACCCCGCCUGCUUUUUACGCCCCGGAUUGGGGGAGCUCCUCUGAACUUGUCUCUGAACCAACUCAAGAUUUGUGGGUUGCUCAACCUACUCCUGAUUUAACAGACACUGCCCCACCAACCCCUGAUUGGUCAGGGGUGGCAGAACCUACUUCUAACUGGCUGACGGAGACACCACAAGUCCAGGAUUGGGCCCCUGCUUCUACCACAAUGAAUUUCUGGAGCGGGCUGAUCAGCACAACCCCUACAGCUGCCUCUGAAGAGAGCAUCAGACACGCAGGCACUAUACAGGCCAGUCCAGGUGAUAUUGGACCGGAAAGAGCUUCCGGGGCAGAAUCUAGAACUGGGGAAAAACUGGAGGAAAGGGAAACAGAAGGAUAUCCCAAGCCAGGUUCUGUCCAAACUGACUUGGUCCCAGUGGAUCCAGUCCCUACAUCCACGGAGGUUGCUCAAAAAGUUCGCGAUGGGGGUGUGGUGGAAGGAUCAAUUCCAGACAGCGAGGAGGACAAGGAGACCAGACCAUUAGAGGAGGGUGGAGGGGUCCGUGCCACUCAGGACCGGCACCAGCCCUCUUCCUCCCCUGCUGCCCCCCUGUCCCUCAGCACCGAGGGGAGCAUGAUAAGUGGGACCCGGAGAAAGCAGGACAAUAACUGGCUCUUGGUCGCGCUCUUGGUGCCACUGUCUAUCUUUGUGGUGGUGAUGUUGGCACUGGGCAUAGUGUACUGUACCCGCUGUGCCCUUCAGCCUCAGAGAAAAAGUGUGGCAGACUGUUACCGAUGGAUCACCAAUUCCUCUGAGCCCUCCACAUCCUGUAAAUCCCAGGUUUAGGCUUCUGGCGAUGUCAUGUAAAUAAAAUGCUAAGUUAGUACUGUUGAACUGUACUACAACUUCCCUUUGCUGCGCUGCAGUUUUGCAAAAGACUGAAUUUGAUUAAACUAAUUUUGGGAUUUACUGUUGAAGACACCCCUCAUGUUUAGGAUUCUGUGAUUCUGUAACUCUAAGCACUUUUUCUUGACAUUUUGCAGCCAAAUUACUGUAUUUUCUCUACUGACUUUUAUAUAUAUAUAUAUAAUGAUAUUGUUAUUAAUAAUGUUGUUCAGGUCAUUAAGUGGUGCUAAUUAGGAAUAUGCAUACAAUAUGAAUCCCUUAACAAAUUUUAGAAUUGGAAUAUUAGUAAAUAGAAUAAAUGCAAUAGUAUUGUUUAAAGGGGAAGCCAUUUUUGCCACACAUGUAUUAUUCUUCCUGUUUUUUGUUUGUUUGCUUUUAAUGUACUCACAGGUUAUACGGUGAGGUUCUUAUACAGAGGGAAACUGACCCCCUGAAAAAAAUCAAUGGUAACAUUUAACCCUCUAUUGCUAAAACAAAAGCCAAACCGCAAAACUGAUCGAGAUAAUUAACAUGAACACAAAAUCAAGGACAUUUUAUCAACACUUUUAAAAGCUGAAAUAAAACUCACCGUCCGGUCCACUUCAUUGAUUGAUUCAUUGUAACAUUUUAAAGCAAUAUGCCAAACUUUUUGUUUAUGGUACAGAGCCAUUGUGAGUAUUGAAACUCAGGGCUCAAUCUGAAGCUGAGGUGCAUUUCCAAAGCUGAAUGAAACAACUGAAACUAUAUUAAACUUAGCAGUCUUCAUCACUAAUAACAUGUAGACCAUUCAAGUGUUUUUAUUCAGCUGCACAAAAUUGUCUUCAGUAGAGGACCCUUUGUCAUUUUUACCAAAAUCUUCAGAGUUGAUGUAAUGUUUGACAUUGCUCUCUAUCUGAAAUUAAGCUAACCUAUCGUUUUUAUAUAGAACAGGGUCAAUAUACUGUCAAUGGGGAACAAAGUCAAAACUACAGAUUUGGACAAUUACUAAGUUAGACCCUUAAUAAAUGAUUACCAUCACAAUGAAAGUUCUUACCAAAUUGUCAGCAUUUCACUGUACCAAAUUUGCCACCUUAUCCUUUGAAGCUUCGCAUCAAUAAAACGCAUACAAAAUCUCAAAUACAGAAACAUGAGCUACACUGAGCACUUCUGUUACAUUAUUAAAUAAUGCACAGACACCAAAUGAUUUGAUGGUAAAAAUAACUUUGAUGUAAUUCAUGCUGUUACUGUACGGAGUUCUACCCGCAGCAUGCUGUGCUGAGUGUAUGCCCUCAGCAGUAGUUAUGUGUAGUUAAUGUCAUUGUUCAUAAUGAAUUUCUAUUGGUUUGGAACAGGGGUGUGUGUUUUACUUUAUAUGAAUUCAGUAUUUAAAAUAAUAAAUACAUUUCAAUUAGUGAGUCCUGUUUAAAAUUAUUUAAUGAUUGUUUUAAUAAAUAAAUGAUGUAUUAUUCCUAGAAGUCCUCUAGUGUCAGAGGCUUCUUCAUUAAAGUAUAUAUUUUUGCAUA